AUGUCUGGCGAAGCAGUCGAUGAUGCGCGUACGGACCCACCGGUAGCGACGUGGUUCCAAGAAUCUCGUCAUAUCGAAAAAAUAAUCGGUGUGAAGGAAGAAAUCGAGGAACGAGAUACUUGGCGGCGAUAUUCAAAAGAGCGAAUGAAGACGGUUUCAGUGGCAUUGGUGUUGUGCUUGAACAUUGGUGUAGAUCCGCCGGAUGUGCUAAAGCCGAAUCCGUGUGCGAGACAAGAAUGUUGGAUUGAUCCACAAGGAAUGAACCCUCAGAAGGCAAUCGCUAAAAUUGCAUCUGCAUUGCAAAAGAAUUACGAACGAUGGCAACCGCGAGCCAGCUCAUAUUGCAGAUACAAGAACGCAAAUGACCCAACAGUUGAGGAUGUACGUCGCUUGUGUCAGAGUAUGCGUCGUAAUGCAAAAGAUGAGCGUGUUCUCUUCCAUUACAAUGGUCAUGGGGUACCAAAACCCACCGAAAAUGGUGAAAUUUGGGUAUUCAACAAAAAUUUCACUCAGGUAUGA